CAUGUUUAUCCAGCCAACCCCCAUCUUUCGCCCUCAUUCUUCUAGAUCCUUUGUACUGUGCCUCAUCUGUACCAAAAGCAGACCAACUAUGCCUACGGUAGCUACAGCACGGAGCCUGUUCAGACACUUCUGUCGUCUGUCUAUUCGUCGAUCCUUUCUCCCCUAAUGUCUUGUUUUUGUACUGUACCUUAGGGUCGGCUCUGCGUCCCUUCCCGGCCUCCCCUUGCUUUUCCUUCCAACUGUUGGUAAUAUAGGGCCAACAGACACUAUAAUUAGCUGUCACUUUCCCCCCUUUUCCCCAUUCAUUUCUUCUCUCUUUCUUUACGACUUUCCAAAUUACUGUUUCUUAGUCUUCCUCGUCUUGCUCAAGUCCAGCCUCACUGUCGUUCCAGGGUAGUCUUCAUUCGUCACGUACCAACUCACCCAAUUCGACCAACCCAACACCAGCAACCAUGCGUUCUGCCGUCCUCCUCUCCGUCGCCUCAGCCCUCGUGGUCACCACCUCCGCCACCGACGCCCCAGACGUGACCGGCAACCCCUCGAACAUCGGCUACACUGCCAUCAUCCCCUCUAGCGGCCCCAUCAGCGGAGAAAUCCUCAUCUUCGCCCCCAACACCGGCAACGGCGCAACCGUGCAAGUCAACCUGCAAAACCUCCCCACCACCGGCGGCCCCUUCGCUUACCACAUCCACGCCCUCCCCGUCAACUCGACCGGCUCCUGCGAAUCCACAGGCGGCCACCUCGACCCCUACACCGGCACCACCCCCUGCAACACCCCCACCCCUGCCUCCUGCCAAGUCGGCGACCUUUCCGGGAAACACGGCACCGUCCCCUACUCCAGCCUUGUCACCAAUUACGGCGACGCAUAUCUGAGUUUGGUCGCCGACACGCCCGCGUUCAUCGGCAACAGGAGUUUCGUCGUGCAUGACGCGAGUGGAGCAAGAAUCGCCUGCGCAAACUUCGUGUUCCAUAAUGGAGGGGGCUACAGUGGACCAGGCAGCGGAGCAGGGAGUGCGGCGCCGACGGGGAGUGUGGGAGGAGGGAACUCGACGGGAGGGACUGCACCGAGUAAGACCGGUGCGGUGCCGUCGUUUACACCAAUGGGGGCGGCGAGUGUGAUGGGAGGUGCGGUGGGUGGUGUUUUGGGGAUAGUUGCUGCAGUGGGUGCUGCGCUUUUGUAGUGGGGUGAGCGAUGAAG